AGAAAAUUGAUGCCGGUUUUCAAACCGGACGCUGAUGCGGAUCUUCAGCGCUGAAGGCUUUUUAAAAGUUGAGACGCCUCUAAAGCAACGCAGCUGCUGUUUGAACCAGAUCGAAGCUUUUACAAACGACCAGCCACAUAUUAAGAUCAGCCAACGCUUCGCCAACUCGCUGCAGACACCUCAACGUCUGGCUGCUGAAGCUCAUAAGCUAACGUUAAUCAGCUAGCAAGUUAGAAUAGUUGCAAGUGUUGAGGACGCACAGCUAGCUAGCGUAGCAGAUCUUUUUCUCAUAAAAGGUUUUCUGCCGACUCGAGACAAAAAUCUGAACAUUUUAAUUUGAACCUCCGGACGUCUCUCUUCAACUCUGCCUUUUGUCUGCUCGCGCCCUGCCGGGGACUGUGGUGGCACUGAGGGCACUGGUGAUGGGGCGGAGGCUUGUCCUCGGGGGCCUGCUCCUCGUCGCCCUGUCGGCGGCGGUCCGGGCCGAAAGCGAAGACUACUACAGUCUGCUGAAAGUCAACCGGGAGGCCACGACCAGAGAGAUCCGACAGGCCUUCAAGAAGCUGGCGCUCACCAUGCACCCCGACAAAAACCCGGGCGACGCCACGGCCCACGACAGGUUUGUGCAGGUGAAUCGAGCCUACGAGGUCCUGAAGGACGAGGACCUCCGGAAGAAAUACGAUAAAUACGGGGAAAAGGGAUUGGACGAGCAGCAGCAGCAGGGAGGACGCUACGAGAGCUGGAACUUCUACCGAUAUGACUUUGGUAUCUACGAUGAUGAUCUGGAGAUCAUCACUUUGGACAGCGGAGACUUCGAGUCUGCAGUGAACUCUGGAGAAAUCUGGUUCAUUAACUUCUAUUUCCCACGAUGUUCUCACUGUCACGAGCUGGCUCCAACGUGGAGGGAGUUUGCCAAAGAGAUGGAUGGAGUCAUCCGCAUCGGGGCGGUGAACUGCGGAGACAACAACCACCUCUGCCGGAGCAAAGGCAUCAACAGCUACCCGAGUCUGUUCAUAUUCAGAGCGGGACAGCGACCGGAGAAGUUUACCGAGGAGCGCUCCAAGGACAGCCUGGUGCGCUUCUCCAUGAAGUUCAUCACCACGGCCGUCACCGAGCUCUGGCAAGGGAACGUGUUCAGCGAGAUCGAGAGCGCGUACGCCUCCGGCCUCGGCUGGCUCAUCACCUUCUGCUGCGACACCGGAGAUUGCCUGGAGUCGAGAACGAGGAAGAAGGUGGCCGGGAUGUUGGAGGGUCUGGUUAAGGUGGGAUGGAUGGACUGCACCUCACAGGGAAACCUCUGUGACAGUUUCCAGGUGACCACUGGAGUGACCGCUUUGUUCCCACCUGGAAGUUCUCUGGAUCAACCCGGCAGCAUCCUGUGGCUGCAGACGCUGGAAGGCAGAGAGGUUUACAACCAGGUCAUCAACCACCUGCCGGAUCUGGAACGGCUGACCGGCGACAACUUCAAGGGGAAGCUCGCCCAUCACCGCUGGUUGGUGAGUUUUACGUUUGGGGACGGAAACGCUGCGUCCAACGAGUACAAGAAGCUGCAAGCCUUCCUCCGAAAUGACAACAUCCAGGUUGGCAGAGUCGACUGCUCAGCAGACUCAAAGUUGUGUCAGUCCCUCUACAUCCACACUCCCUGCGUGGCUGUCUUCAAAGGACUUGGGAUCCAUGACUUUGAGAUCCACCACGGGAAAGACGUGCUGUACAACAUCGUGGGCUUUGCGAGGGACAGCGUUCGUGCUCACGUGACGACUCUGAGACCCGACAACUUCCCCUCGGACAGGAAGGAGCCCUGGCUGGUCGACUUCUUCGCUCCGUGGUGCCCCCCGUGUCGCGCCCUGCUGCCCGAGCUGAGAAAGGCUUCGAUCCAGCUGGCCGGACGGAUGAAGUUCGGCACUCUGGACUGCACCAUCCACCACAGCCUCUGCACCACGUAUAACAUUCAGGCUUAUCCCACCACGGUGAUCUUUAACGGCUCCUCCGUUCAUGAGUACGAGGGACAGCACUCUGCCGACGGCAUCCUGGAGUUCAUUCAGGAUCUGGUCGAUCCGUCGGUGGUGGUCCUGGACCCUUCCAGCUUCAGUGAAAAGGUUAAAGGUCGGGCUGAGGGUCAGAUCUGGGCGGUGGAUUUCUACGCUCCGUGGUGUGGACCCUGUCAGGCUCUGAUUCCAGAGUGGAGACGCAUGGCCAGGCUGCUCUCGGGUCAGAUUCUGGUCGGCUCGGUAGACUGUCAGCGGUUCCAGUCGUUCUGUCAGGGUCAGAGCGUGAGGUCGUACCCUGAAAUCCGCCUGUAUCCCGGCAACAGCCGGCAGCCGGAUCGCUACACGAGCUAUAAUGGUUGGCACAGAGACGCCCAUUCACUGAGAUCAUGGGCACUGAGCUCUUUGCCCAAAGCGUCGGUGGACCUGACUCCAGAGUCCUUCAAGUCCCUGGUUCUGUCGGGUCAGGAUCACUGGAUUCUGGAUUUCUACGCCCCUUGGUGUGGACCCUGUCAACACUUUGCCCCAGAGUUCGAGGUCCUGGCUCGGGUCCUCAAAGGGAAGGUCCGAGCGGGGAAGGUGGACUGCCAGGCCCAUCACCAGACCUGCCAGUCGGCUGGAAUCACCGCGUACCCGACCGUCAGGUUCUACCCCUACCUGGGAACCAGACGGUAUGAACACAGCGGUGAACCCGUCAAUAGCCGGGACUCGAAUGUGAUCGCUGACGUGGUCACACAGCGACUACAGCGGCUGUCGCCGCGGUUACAAAACAAACGGAAGGAUGAACUCUGAAGAUCUGAGCGGGCGCCGCGGGAGGGAACAGCAAUCUGAUUGGUCGAGCUCACCGACCAACCCGUCAACACUCCUUGAGAAGUCCAACACGGAGACAGACAGACAGACGCUCUACCCUCUGUGAUCAAUGUACUUCUGCCUUGUUUUUAUUUGUUUUUAUUUUGUCUCCAUUGUUUUGUAUUUACUCUAUGAAGUAAAAUUGUGAGACACUGGAUGAUGAUGAACAUGUUACUGACACGCGCACACACACACACACACACACACACGGAGCCUGACGUGGACACAGUGUUCUAUUUAAUUGUUCAUGUAAGACCUGAAGGACCUUCAGAAUAAAACAGUGUGUUCCAGUUAAAAAUAUUUAAACAUUAAGAGCUUCUCUACUCUGUGUAAUAAAUGAAAGUAUUUCUCAGUAGAGAGUCCAUUGAAAGGGCUGUCACGGUAUCACAUCUUUACGACACGUUACGUUUUCACGACAAAAUUGGAAAUCAUCCAUCAAAUUCCUCUUAAACUUUGUUCAUUGUCGGUUUUGUUUCUUUUUUUUUUGGCAAAUUACUCGCACUCAAUUUGUAACCAUAACUGUAAAAAAAUAAAAUUAUUUAAGAAGGGCUGGAAUAUUUCUAGGAUAUAC